GAACAACCACCCAACCUCCGUUUCACCCUCCUUGGAGGACACCUCCGAUCGCAAAGUGGUGCCUUACAUGAAGAUCGAGCCGACAUGGCCCUCGAACUUGAACACAGGAACCACUCCAAAUCCGAAUCCGAAUCCGACCUAUCUCCAUUUCCAUUUUCAUCCCUAGAUACCCUGACCCUCGACACAAGCGAUCCGCUCUUCUUCACCUGCUGGCGCCGCCAGUCGUGCUCGUACUGCCUGGCCGGCGAUGUCGCCUGCAGUUGGUGCGCAACAUCCUCAGCCUGCGUGCCUAAUCCCGCACGCUUACCGAUCAUAGCCCCCAUCAGCAAUGCAGAGAUCUGCCCGCUCGGCUCUAAGGAGCGGUGGGAGCUCAGGGCAUUGCCGUUUGGUUGUAAUGUUAGUACGUUGACGUUUCUGUCUGUUGUGGGGACAGUGGUGGGGAUGGUGGUGUUGGUUGGGAUGGGGGUUUUUGGGUUUUACUUGGUGAGGUCGGUACGACGGCGAUGGAAGGAAUCUGAUUAUGAGCGAGUGAAUGAUCGGGGGAAUUUGAAUAUUGGGUUACUUGCUUCGUUUGUAGGGUUUAUGUUUGGGCGUGGGGGUGAGAGGGUGUUACGGUCUGGAGAGGAGGGGGAAGGGGAAGAAGGGUUGGACGAGGGGGGGCGAAACGAGGCCUCUUUUGGAAGGAAUGUGAGAUGA